CUCCAGGGAUCCUUGAAAAGAAAGCAGGUAGUUAACUUGUCUCCUGCCAGCAGCAAGAGGCCCAAUGGCUUUGUGGACAAUUUGUUCCUUGAUAUGAAGAGAAUUCGGGUUGGGGAGAACCUGUCUGCCGGGCAAGGCGGCCUCCAAGCAAAUAAUGGUCAAAGCCAGGUUAUGUCUGGGGCCUUGCCUAUGAGCCAGGCCCCUCUGAGAAAGAGCAACACCCUGCUACCUCCUGCACACUCUCCUGGCAACAGCGUGUUUAGCAUGGGCUUAAAGGAGGUGAAGAAGGAGCCGGGAGAGACUCUGUCGUGCAGUAAGCACACGGAUGGCAAGAUGAUCCAGGAGAAUAUUUUCGCUAAUAGGUACGGAGACGACCCUGGAGAGCAGCUGAUGGACCCUGAGCUGCAGGAACUCUUCAAUGAACUCACCAACAUCUCUGUGCCUCCCAUGAGUGACCUGGAGCUGGAGAAUAUGAUCAAUGCCACCAUUAAGCAGGAUGACCCGUUUAACAUCGACUUGGGUCAGCAAAGCCAGAGGGCCACACCCAGGCCCUCGGUGCCCAUGGAGAAGAUAGUGAUCAAAAGCGAGUACUCGCCUGGCCUGACUCAGGGCCCUGCAGCCUCUCCUCAGCUGAGGCCCCCCUCAGCCGGCCCUACAUUCUCCAUGGCCAACACUGCCCUUUCAGCUUCAUCCCCAGGCCCCACAGUCCCCCAGAGCCAGGCUCAGCCUCAGACAGCAUCAGGAGCCAGCCGGGCAUUGCCUAACUGGCAGGAGGUAUCCCACGCCCAGCAACUCAAACAGAUAGCUGCCAGCCGUCAGCAGCACGUCCGGAUGCAGCAGCACCAGCCUCCUGCCUGGUCGGCCUUGCCCUCUUCUGCUGGGCCAUCCCCUGGUCCAUUUGGGCAGGAAAAAAUCCCCAGUCCUUCCUUUGGCCAGCAGCCAUUCAGCCCACAGGGCUCCCCCAUCGCUGGGGUCACUGGAGGCAGCAGCCAGCCGAAAGUAAUGGCCAACUAUAUGUAUAAGGCCAGCCCCCCAGCCCAGAGUGGGCACCUGGACGCACUUAUGCAGCCAAAGCCUCAGGAUCUCAGUCGGAGUUUUAUUAACAACCCACACUCAGCCUUGGAGCCCCGGCAGGGCAACACCAAGCCUUUGUUCCACUUUAACUCAGAUCAAGCAAACCAGCAGAUGCCUUCUGUUUUGCCUUCCCAGAGCAAGCCUUCUCUCCUGCACUACACCCAGCAGCAGCAGCAGCCACAGAGCUCAAUCCCAGCACAGCAACAGCAGCAGCAACAGCCACCAUCCCAGCCCACCCAGCCUUUAUCAAGCCAGCCUUUGCUGAGGUCACCUUUGCCACUUCAGCAAAAGGCGCUGCUUCAGAAGAUGCAGAACCCGUCCAUCACAGGCCUCGGGUAUCAGGCCACCCAACAGCACAGACAGGAUCAACAGUCUGGGGGGGCCCAGAACCCAGGCCCCAGUCCAAGUCCCAACUCCUGCUCAAACCCGAACCCUGGAGUUGGCUUCCUGAACUCCCAGCAAUCGCUGCUGAAUCAGCAGCUGAUGGGGAAGAAGCAGACCCUGCAGAGGCAGGCCACGGAGCGGAAGCAGCAGCUCCUCCUUCAGCAGCAGAGACUGGCUGACACGGAGAAAAUUGCACCACAAGAUCAGAUAAACCGACAUUUGACAAGGCUGCCCCCAGACUACAAAGACCAAAGAAGAAAUGUGGGCAGCCUACAGCCAGCGGCCCAGUAUUCUGGUGGCCCAUCGACAGUGAGUUUAAACUCCAACCAGGCUUUGACAAACCCAGUUUCAACACACACCAUUUUGACUUCAAAUUCCAGCCUCAUGUCUACUUCCCAGGGGACAAAAAUGCCAUCAUUAUCCACAGCAGUUCAGAACAUUGGGAUGUAUGGAAAUCUGCCCUGUAAUCAGCCUGGCACGUUCAACGUCACUUCAGGGAUGAAUCAACUGACACGACAGAGAAACCCAAGUCAACUGAUAACAAAUCAAAACAGCCCUCUGAUGCCACGGCCACCCACCUUAGGGCCAAAUAACAACAACAACGUCACCACUUUUGGAGCCGGGGCUAUUGGUAGUUCACCACAACUGAGACCAAAUUUAACCCACAAUAUGGCAGGCGUGCCAGCUCAGAGAACACCAAAUAUAAUGAUCACAUCCAACACAAUAGCACCAAACUGGGCUUCUCAAGAGGUGACAACCAAACAGCAGGAAGCCCUGAAGUCCACAGGAGUCCGCUUCCCCACAGGUGCACCUGCAGCCUAUACCCCAAACCAGCCCUUGCAGCAGACAGUAGGAAGCCAGCAAUUUUCCCAAAGGGCAGCAGCACCUCCUAACCAGCUAACACCAGCAGUACAAAUGAGACCCAUGAACCAAAUGAACCAAACUUUGAAUGGGCAGACCAUGGGACCCCUCAGGGGUCUGAAUCUCAGGCCCAAUCAGAUAAGCACACAGAUGUUGUCUAAUUUGAACCCAUCAGGAGCAGGGUUGAGUCAAUCAAGGACGGGUAUUAGCCAAACAACAUCCCUGACUCCCAACAAUUUUCCUUCAUCCACCCAAGGUUCCAGGGCUUUUCAAGGAGCUGACCAGGGCAGUGACUUGGCUUUUGACUUCCUCAGCCCGCAGACUGACAACAUGGGCCCAAGCCUGAACAGUGAUGCUGACUUCAUUGAUUCUUUGUUGAAGACAGAACCUGGCAAUGAUGACUGGAUGAAAGACAUCAAUCUUGAUGAAAUCUUGGGGAGCAACUCCUGAAGGAGAAAGGGGAGUCAUUUCUAAACUCCAAGCACUAAAAGGCAGUAUUUCACAAGGACAAUGUCAAGGUCAAACUGUUGACUUCCAGAUGGACUACACAAAGAUACCGUGGCUUAGAAAUGGAAAGCAGAAAGUAACAUUGCAGUGGUCAACAUUUUGGUCCAAAUUCUUGUUUAAAACUCUCAAACCUGAAAGUAAAACACUGGGAUCAGUUUUCCCUAUCUGAACUUCAGGACAAUUUACCCACAUAGAACUGUGCUGUUGUGUAAUUAAUUGGCUCCCUUACCAUAGAACUUGUAGAUCAUUUAACCCAUAUCAUGAGGAGGUACUAGGUCCAAGCAACAAAUUCCUUAAUAUAGUCUAAUAGAUAUAUGUGGCUUAAUUUUUCCACUGUCUUUUCAUUUAAUCUUCCUAAAGUUUGCAGGACAGAUUGAAAUGUUAGAGUUUGCCUGGAGUGAUGGAGCAGUGUCCUAAGUGAGGGAAAAUCAGUGAAUUGGAGACUUUCUUCCCUAGCUUCAUGCUUCACUUCCACACUUUCCCCACACAUCCCAUGCAUCAGCAGGGUGUAGGGUUGUGUGAUUGGAUUUUGGCUUCUAUAAUCAAUUUCUCGAUCUGUUCCCUGCCUAGUUUUAGAUAUGACUAAGGCCUGUCCUGAUCAUCUUCAAAUACUAGACACGCUUGUCUGCAUCAGAUUUCACCUAAAAACUUAAGACAUUUCCAUAGAGGAAAUGCUGUCCACAAAGAACCAGAGGUUUUACUCAUGGUGCCCAAUGCCCAUGUGGUGCCCAAGUCAGUGAACUUGAACCUUCCCUCAUGUAUUCUGAUGACCAGAAAGGGGUUUGCAGGAAAAGAAAGUUUGGAGACCAAAACUGAGAUUGGAAAGUGUCAUGUUUUGACUGGAGAUGAGAAUCAGGAGUGGUGGGCAUGGGAGACAUUGCUCUGUCUCACGGAGGUUAGAGGAGCUUAGAUGGAAGACAAACAUGAUUGACUCUUCUUUGGCAGUGUCAUUCGGCUUGAGUGAGCAGCUUCAGUUCCUGAUGCAAAGAGUCCUUGCCGUGUGCUCCACGGGCUGUAUCUGGGUUUUCUCCCUCAGGGCUGAGCACUGUGUC